AGGAUUCCUCUGGACCUGGGGCAGUGCAGGACCUGUAUAAAAGCCAGCCCAACUCUUUGCUCUCUCAUCUGCUUCACUGCCCUUCUUCUUCUUUGGAAACAAGUGCACCUCCUGCCUCCAGACAUGUCCUGCUACAACCAGUGCCUGCCAUGCCUGCCGUGCCAGCCCUGCGGCCCAACCCCGCUGGCCAACAGCUGCAACGAGCCCUGCGUCAGGCAGUGCCAGAACUCCCAUGUUGUCAUUGAGCCCUCUCCUGUGGUGGUGACCCUGCCCGGCCCCAUCCUCAGCUCCUUCCCGCAGAACACCGCUGUGGGAUCCUCCACCUCUGCUGCCGUUGGCAGCAUCCUCAGCUGUGAUGGAGUCCCCAUCAACUCCGGGUGCUGUGACCUCUCCUGUCUGGGCAGCCGCUACUGCAGCAGAACCUGCCUCCCCUGCUAA